AUGACCAAGCGCACCAAGAAGGUCGGUAUCACCGGCAAGUACGGUACCAGAUACGGUGCCUCUCUGCGUAAGCAGGUCAAGAAGGCCGAAGUUUCGCAGCACGCCCGUUACAUCUGCACCUUCUGCGGCAAGAACACCGUGAAGCGCAAGGCUGUUGGUAUCUGGGAGUGCAAGGGCUGCAACAAGACCGUCGCCGGUGGUGCCUACACCGUCUCGACCCCCGCCGCCGCUGCCACCCGCUCCACCAUCCGUCGUCUCCGUGAGAUCGUUGAGAUCUAA